AUGUUCUCCAGCGGUAUCGCUCUGCUGCUAGUGUCCAGUGCAUUAGCACAGGGAGCUCCCACCGUGAAGGUCCUCAACGGCACCUACGAGGGCUUUUACAGCCCCGAGUUCUCGCAGGAACAGUUUCUAGGCAUUCCAUAUGUGCAGCCACCUCUGGGAGACUUACGACUUCGCAACCCCCACUCUCUGAACACUACAUGGGACGACGUGCGAUCCGCAGUAAGCUAUGGACCAAGCUGCCUCGGUCUGAAUCAGUCAGAAGGAGCCUCGGAGGAUUGCCUUAAUCUCAAUAUUGUCCGACCAACUGGUAUUUCAAACGAUUCAGCUUUGGCUGUUGCAGUCUGGAUCUUUGGCGGCGGCUUUGUGAGUGGUUCAAACUCGCUACCAACAUAUAACCUCUCCAAUUUCGUUCAAACAUCACAAGAAAUGGGAACGCCAGUUAUCGCUGUCAGCAUCAACUAUAGAUUACACUGCUGGGGAUAUAUGUGGAGCAAAGAGAUCAAAGAUGAAGGGGUUGCGAAUCUUGGCUUCAAGGACCAACGACUAGCCCUGCACUGGAUCCAGGAAAUCACAAUCUUUGGAGAAAGCGCCGGCGGGAACUCUGUCGGAACACAUCUCAUCGCUUACGGUGGUCGUGAUGAUAAGCUCUUCCGCGCAGCGAUCAGUCAGAGUGGAGCCCCAUCAACCUACUACCGAUACCAGACAGCUGAUGAGUGGCAACCAUUCUAUGACGCGGUUGUUUACGCCACGGGGUGCACCGGAGAACAGGAUACAUUGGCCUGCCUGAGGACUGUGGACAGCUCCACGUUAUACGAUAUCUUCAACGACAACGACGUCGUACCUGCGCGGACUUCGAUUUACUCUCAAGAUGGACCGAAGUUUGUACAGGUGAUUGAUGGAGAUUUCGUGGAAGAAAGCGCAACAACUCUGAUGCAAGCAGGAAAAUUUGUCCAUGUUCCCUACAUGCUUGGUGGGAACAAGGACGAGAGCGCGACAUUCGCAGCUCGGGGCAUCAAUAACACUGAGGAAUUCCUCGAGCUUGUUAUCGGUCCCUGGGAGGUAUCGGAUAAUGCCACGGCUAUUCUAGCGGCACUCUAUCCUGAUAUUCCUGGCAUCGGAAGCCCGGAGGUGAACGGCACACCUCCAGCUGGCUUAGGCCAUCAAUUCCGGAGAAGUGGAGCUUUCCAGGGCGACGUCAAUAUUCAUGCUCCACGGCGACUAGCCAAUGAGAUCUGGGCCGCGUCCAAUACAAGCACGUACGGCUACGUGUUCGACUCUUAUCAACCAGCACUCAGCCCGUGGGUAGGCUCAAACCAUGGCGCUGAGCUUCCUUUCGUCUUCGGUAGUGACUGGAUUGUCAGUCAGAUGAACAGCACAUAUGCUGAGCUCUCGAAAGCUAUGCAGAAGGCUUGGAUAAGCUUUGUCGCUACACUGGACCCCAAUCAUCAUCUUGCAGACGACCAGCUAAUGUGGCCGGAGUACACAGGCGAUGAGCCCGAGAUCCUUUUGUUUGCGGCCGAUAAUACGAGUGUGACAACGGCGGUGCAGCCAGACACAUAUCGGGCUGCAGGCAUUAAAUAUGUCGCUGACAACCUCGACACGGAGUUUGGCCACUGA